AUGUGCUACAAAAAGUUAACUACUAAUUCCACACCACUUAGCUUGGACGUCAAUGAAUAUGUGAAAUAUUCACACGUGCCAUCCCAUUUUACAUGUUCGCAUCAAAAGAGUUCUCUUCGCUCCUAUAGACAUUCCCCUUAUGACAUUGGACUCUUAAUAUCAUCGGAAAAUGAUGUUGAGCAGUCAUCUGGGGAGUUGGGUGUGACAGAGCUUUCUAAAGAUUCUCUAAAGCCGAAUCCUGAGGCCUUACUGAAUGGGAUGGAAACGAACAAUUCCUAUGAUAACAACCGCGCCCGUCGCGGCGGCUUUAUCCCGGCCGAUAUGUACCGAAAGAAUAUUUGUCGUCAUUUUAUCGUUGGGACGUGCAACCGUGGGAGCUGCUGUCGAUUCUACCAUCCCGGGAUGAUUCACCGUGUCGUGACGCCGCUCCACCUGCGAACGCAGGCGCAGCAGUCCAUCACGCCUCUUAUGGACAUCGCUCUUCAGCAGCGGCAGAUCAACCAGGCAGCUCAGCCCUCUCCGCCGCUAUGUGAGGACCCCCCGGCCCUAUUCGAUAAUUACGAAGCGCAGGAGAGCGGUGGAUUGUCGUCGGCCCCCACGUCGGGGCCGCCCAGCGGGGCCCUCAGCAAUCCCACGCCCGAAAAUAGGGGUUCCUUCGCGGUGGCGAGGACCCCCCCCAUCCCGGACGGGGAGCUUUCCAUCUCCUGUGCGAUGUGGGCGAACUGUGCCUCCUUGGUGAAUCUCAAACCGCCGGAGAGGGUCGAGGGGCUCUUCCAUUCGGCCCAAACCGUCGCGGCGCGGGAACGUCCCUGCCAAGCCCCUAAUUCCCUGCGGUACCCACCCCAAGCGGACGUCGUCGCGGGGGAUCGCGGUAAGCAGGAGUCGGGGGCCCUUUCCAUUCCCUCCAUCUUUGUUUUGCAGGAGGUCGACAGCCUACCGGGAUUAUCGCCUUGUCAACGGCAGCGCGAAAAGCUCUGUGGGUGA